CUGACUUCCUGUUAGACCUAGUGAAUGAUCAAAAUCAUCAGUCGGAGGUAUGAUUAUCUUUAGAAUUUAUCUUGAAAUAAAUCGCUUUAAUUUACGGGUCCACAUUUUCCUAUCAGACAGAAUUUGUAUUAUCAACGAAAUUCAAAGUUGGGAGGGAAAGAGUAAAAAAUUGUUUAUUUGGAGAAUAAAUAUUCAAACCGAAAGUAGAAUUUUUGUAAGUCAGAAAUUUUUUCGUAAAUGUGACUUCCAUGCACCAAUAUAAUUGUUAUGCCAUCAGCUUUGAAUCAUGGCUGAACGGGACCGUCUGGAUGACUCUGACAGUGGCACUGACACAGAAGAAAUUCCAAUCACUAUCACUAAGAAGAUCUCAGUCUGCAACAGACAACUUGUGGCAGCCAUUGAUUUUGGUACAGCUUACUCUGGUUAUUCAUACUCCUUCAAACAUGAGUGGACUAAAAUCAUAACUCAACACUGGCAUGGCGGAGAUUAUCUGACACAUAAAGCAACAACUUCACUUCUACUGAAACCUGAUGGAUCUUUCUUCAAGUUUGGGUUUGAGGCAGAAAAUGAAUAUGCAAGACUGUCUGAAGAUGACAAUCAUAAAGAUUAUUUUUUCUUCCGAAGAUUUAAGUUGAUUUUGAAACCAAAACUUACCGAGAGAGUUCAUAGGAGAACAGUUUGUGUUGAUGAGACUGGAAAGGAAUACAAUGCUCUUGAGAUUUUCACCCAUUGUAUUAGAUAUCUGAAAGACCACAUGUUGGAAAAUAUAAACAAGAAAAUCAACGGUGAAAUCAAAGUAAGCGAUAUUGACUUUGUUAUCACGGUACCAGCAAUAUGGGACGACACGGCCAAGAUGUUCAUGAUAGCAGCUGCUGAAACAACAGGGAUACAAAAAGAACAGCUGAAAAUUGCUCUUGAGUCAGAGGCUGCCUCCAUUUAUUGCCAGUACAUGCACUUGGAGGGAGAUAAGGCCCCAGAGAGUGUGGGCUUCCAAGAGAAAAUGGCAACAGGAUUCAAGUUCAUGGUGAUAGACCUUGGAGGUGGCACUGCUGAUAUUUCUGUACACGAGAGGACUCCCGAUGGAGGCUUAAAGCAGGUGAUACCACCAAGUGGAAUCAGUUGGGGAGGUACGCGCAUAGAUGAUGCAUACUUGCAAUUUUUUUGCGAUCUUCUUGGAGAUGAAACCAUGAAAACAUUCAAAGAAGAGUUCAUGGAGGAUUAUUUAGAUCUAUUCCGAAAGUUUGAAGUCCAAAAACGCUCUGGACCAACAGCUACAUCCGACAGCAUCUACAUCAGAAUUCCUCUGUCCAUCUCUGAAAUCCUUGAUGACCAUGGAGGAAUAGUCAAUGUCAUUUCUUCUUCCAAGUACAAAGACAUUAUUUCAUUUGAGAAGAAAACUUUGAAAUGCAAGGUUCCCUACUCAGAAUUCGAAAAGUUGUUUGAAGAAACAUGCAGUAAGAUAAGGAGUCAUCUUCAAGAGUUGUUCCAAAAAUCAGAGGUGGCCGACGUUCAAACCGUUCUUUUGGUUGGCGGUUUCUCUGAAUGCUACAUCAUUCGAAACAUGAUCAAAGAUGAGAUGAUAGACAAACACCUUAUUUUGCCAGAAGAAUCCAGUCUAGCAGUAUUGAAAGGUGCUGUAUACAUGGGUCAUGUGCCAGAUGCGGUUACCACUCAUAUUUCAAACUACUCCUAUGGUGUUCAGAACUGGCCCGACUUUGAUCCUGCAAAGCACCCAGCAGAGAAAAAGUUGAAAGUUGGAAAUCAAGAUAGAUGUCGUGAUGUAUUUAUGAAAUUUAUCACAAAGGGAGACAAAAUCAAACCUGGACAGCGGAAAUGUUACAUCUUAGAGGUCCUCAAGCCAGAAGAAGAUAUACUUGAGUGCAGUGUGUACUUUUCACACAGCCCUGAUCCGAAGUAUGUGGAUGAAAAGGGGGUGUCCAAAAUCGGAACUCUGCAGGUCAAACUGCCCAAGGUAGAAAAAGGCACUCCCAUUGACAUUGAGGAGGAAAUCAUUAUUUUAGAUACAGAGGUCAAGGUCACUGCAACGGAACUGCACGAGUUUAAUGAGUUCAAAAAAACUUUUGAUCUCCUCUCUGCAGAUAUGUUUAAAGAAGAAUGAGCACACCAAAUUGUGCAACUUCAGAGAAAGCAACACAUUUUUAUACUUGCAAUCCAGAGAUAUUAAUAAAAAUUGUAUCAUAGGAUGAACUGAUAGAACAGUAAAAGUUUGCUGAGUGUUUUAUCAUAGUAACAGAAAUACCAUUUAUAUUUCUUUUAAAAAAAGACUAUUGCAUUGCUUGAAGUCCUUGUUUGCCAUUUGAACUGAUAACAUAUAUACUUUUUAAACCAUGUUUAUAUACAUUGUACAUACCAUCAUGUCAUAAUAGUUUUCUUUGCAUUCUGAACGUAUAGUGUUGUAUAACUAAUAAUAUUACCCGGUACCUAAUUUACACUGAACAACUACAUUGCCUUUAGUAUGUUUUAGUACAUUUUAUUUUUUAUAGAAAUUGACAAGCUUCACAAAGCAGCAAAAUGUAAUUACCGUUGAUUUACAAUGUAAAGUACAUUUAUGUCUAUGUGGGACUGGGAGAUUUCACAGAUUCAGAUUAAACAUCGUCUAUUUUU